AAACUGUCAGUAGCCCUUACAAACCCAACAACAAGACGGAGAAGAAAAAAGUUUCACUUGAACAACAAUGUCACCUCCUGUGUCCAAGAUCGUUCGAAAAGUUGUUGAAAACGAGGAGGAAGUAAUUAGAGAGCUGGGUGCUUUAAUUGAAAAACUUUCCAAUGAAUCUAUUAAUGAGAGAGGAAGAUUCAACAUUGGGUUAUCUGGAGGGUCCAUGAUAAAAUUUGUUUGCAGUGGCCUGCCUUCUAUCAAGACCACCUGGGAAAAAUGGUCACUUUUCUUCUGUGACGAGCGGCAUGUGUCCUUCACAGAUGACGACUCUACGUAUAGACUUUACCGUGAAGGACUGGUUGGCAACACUCCCUUAACAGAGGAACAGUUUGUGAUUAUUAACCCUGACUUAGAUGUGGCAGCUGCAGCUAAAGACUAUGAGGAAAAGUUACGAGGCAGCUUCCCAGAUUCUGAAUGGCCAUCAUUUGACCUUCUGUUGCUUGGCAUGGGACCAGAUGGACAUACUGCAUCACUUUUCCCAGGUCAUGAGCUGCUUGAAGAGAAGAGCAUCUGGAUAGCUGCAAUCAGUGACUCCCCAAAGCCCCCUCCAUGUCGUGUGACUAUGACUUUCCCUGUGAUAAAUAAUGCCAAGUGUUGUGUAUUUGCAAUGGCUGGACAAGGAAAGGCUGAUAUGGUGAAGCGCAUCCUUGGAGAUGGUGAAGCUUUGCCUUCUGGUAUGGUAAAGCCUGUCAGAGGAGAACUUAUCUGGAUAUUAGAUAAAGCAGCAGCAUCAAAGCUUUAACUGUGUACAAAUUAUUUGUAAUGAGCAGAGAGGAGACCAAUAAAAAUCAGUCUUACAAGACAUAUUGUCUCUAGUAUUAUAUAAAUUGUAUCCGAAUUUACCAGUAAAUAAUUUAUGGGAAAGGUCCAUUUGGCUAAUAAAUGAAUAUUGACUUAUCUAAAGAAAAUAAUAAUUGUGAUUGCCAGAUUUUACUAUACAUACUUUAUUAACUGACUUAGAGUAGGAAAAUAUGUACUUGUCUGUGUUUUGGUGACAGUCAUAGUAUUAUAGUAUAGUAUGACAGUAUAGUAUAGUUAAGCUUAAAGCAGAAUGGUUGCAAUUGCAUACAAGGUUAAGCAUAUGGGACCAAGGUUUUGCAUCAAAGAAAUAACGCCUGCCAUUCUGUAUUGGGUUUCACUAUGCUGUAAUGCAGUAGGCACAUCUCAUGACUGGUUAUAAAUAUAUGAUCUGACAAAAUUAAAUGCAGUACAGUAGAUAAUACAAUGUAAUAAAAUCAAGCACUAAACUCAAAAGGGCCAUACAGUGCUGCAAUGUGCAAAGGUGAUGAAGUGAAGGGCAGAAGUGCAUGAAAGCAAGGGUUAGUAGGGGUAGGGGAGGGAGCAAGAAGAAAACCAAAAUCACAUUUAGUGCAAUAAAUUAGUUUCAAGUCAGAGUGAGUGCAUCAAAGGCAGAACUUUCUGCAAGUUCAUUUAGAUAUGGUGUUUCAAGUCCAGUAGAAUGUCAUAAUUUGGGAGAUUGGGAAUCUUUUUGGUGUCUAGUAUUAAGAGUUUCUAGAUUUAAUAAUGCGAGUCUUGGGGUGCUUGGUAAUGUUAAGAGCUUCUAUAUUUAAGUCAUGGUGAUGGUGAAAAUGUUGAGCUCAUAUCUAUUGCAACUCAUUACUAGCAAGCUACAGGCUGAAGCAGUAAUCUAAAUGUUUCAAAUUGAUGUGAAAAUAAGUGAUAGACAACCACUUUUUAACAAAGACAAAAAACCAAUAUGUUAUUUCACGUGGACUCUUCAACUAGAAGAGGUCAUAUCACAUGUCCUCUUCCAGCUGAUAAAAACCAUGUGAUAUAUCACAAUAAAACCAACUCUUUAGCCUUGUUAAAUAGUGACUCACAAUUAUCUUUUACUUCAGUACUUAGAGAUAAAUGUGCCUUAUUGUGUUCUUUCACUAAGCAAUCACUUAUGUAUAACGUCAGAUAUGUGAAAUAAAACGUAUAAAUA